AAAUGCCUAUAAAUAGAACAACUAUUGUUCUUGCCAUUUGCACAUCCCAGCUAGCUAGCUAGCUAGCACUCUGAGACGACGAUACACACAGACGAUCGAUCAGAAAAUGUACGUGACGAGGCCUCUGUCAAGGUACCUGUCCGACCCCAAGGCCAUGGCAGAGCCGCCGCCUGAAGCUCCUGGCUCAGGGUUCCUCGUCGUGCUCGACGAAGCGACCGAGCAAGAGAGUACGCUCUGCUGUGGCCUGUGCAAAGAUCCCAGGGUGCGCAGCCUCCCAUUCCCUCAGAACCGGCAGCUCUCCGUGGAGAAGGGCAACGCCUCUGAUCCAUUGGAGGGUAUCGGCAAAUGUGUCGAAGUUGUCUCGGAGCUUCUAAGUAUGGCUUCAGGCCAAGACUCCGGCGGCGGUGCUCCGGGCUCCGGCAGGUACGUGGCGCCCAAUAGCUACGCCAUGUUCGUGCCCGUCAUCGGCCAGCCGCUGUCGUCCGGCCGCUACUAUGUCGUCAAGGUCGACGGCAAGCACACCGGGAAGGUGUCGGCGUGCUCCAAGGAGGAGGACCGGACGGAGUGCUGCUUCUGCUCCUUCCCUGCCGACGUGAAGCCGAGGCCGUUUGAUCGCAGCGACGUCUACCAGCAGAUGCAGGUGCAGCAGCAUCGCGAAGGCUUCAGGACAGCGGCGGUGGCCGUCGACGGGAUCCCGCCAGACUACCUUUUGAACAAGGGCUGGACGGUGGUCGCCAUGGCGAAACCCAAGUACCAUGAGCUCGCCGACGACGCGCGAGGCGUGGACUCUGGUCUCCGAGACCGGAUGCCUGACCUCGACAGCCUCGGCGGCGACCCUCCUCCUCCUUCCGCUGUCGUCGUCGUCGGCAGAUGGUAUGUCCCGUUCCUGUUCGUCAAGGUCGACGGGGACCGCCGGCUCAAGGACCAGGUCCGGAAGAGCAUGUUCUACAAGAUGACCAUGGAGCAGAGCUGGGAGCAGAUAUACAGCCGGGAGAACACUGCCGACCUUCAUGGUGCAAGGGCGGCAGAGAUCGCGGUGACUGCUACUGUGCGCCGCUUCACGGCACUGCUGGGCGGCGGCACCACCGUGGUACAAGCAGGCGAGCCGCAGGCGAAUGACGAUGGGGCGAUGUGGUUCCGACCGGCGGCGGCGAGAACCACCGGUGGAGGUGUGGCGCUUGACAUGGUGCUGUGGGAGAGGAUGAGGUGGGAGGUGGAGAGGGGAGGCCGCCGGUGGGUUGCGGCCACAGGAAAUGGCGGCAACGAGGAGAGGAUCCAGCGGACCGAGAGGCGCGACGACGACAGCAGCAUUGGCCACUGGACCAAGUUUGGAUGCUAUUUGCUGGUGGAGAGAUUUGUGCUCAGGAGGAUGGACGGCACCGUGGCACUCACCUGUGAGUUCAGGCACACAGACAAGAUUAGAGCAAGGUGGGUAUGAGUAUGACCAAAUAUGUGAAGAUGACUACUCAAGCUAUAUAUGUGUGUUCGUCAAAAUUGGAGUCAAAUUCUGUGCCUAUAUAUAUGGACUAUGUACCUCGUUUCAGUUUCAUCAGUUGUGGUUAUUAAGGAGUCCGUAUAUAUAUCUUAUUGUUGUGCUUUGCUUUCGGCUAGCUAGUUGGGUACUUUUGGUUUAGCUUGUG